AUGUUUCAGGAUCGUUUCUCUCCAAUAGAAGUGAUUUCUGAAAAAGUAACAAUGUCACGUGUUGGUGAAUUACGACAAAGACACUCUUCUGCAGACACAAGUUUUGGAAAUACUGAAGAAAAAGUUGUUCCUCGUUAUCUUCGAGCUUCAAUCAGAUCCUGUCACGAUUUUUGCAAAUAUGGGAAGCAACUUGCACUUGAACCAAAGCAAAUGAGUUUAAUACCUAAAAUCGCUGAAAGGACACAACUUCACCAAAGUUUAGAAAAGAACAUCGCUGAAGUAGUAGUCGAAGUAACACCAGAUGUCAAACGUAGAGCAUCAACUGAUUCCGAACCAGCAAAGAUGUCGUUGGCCAAACGCAGAGAAUCAACUGGUUCGUUGGCCAAACGCAGAGAAUCAACUGGUUCUAAUGCCUCUGGCACUAUCAAGAUAGUUAAAAGCAAACCAGGCCGACCAGUUCAACCUGACAAUGAAGUUGCGGUGGUGAACAAGACGAAAACAUCAUCCAUCAAAGUGAAACAAUCACCACUUCUGCCGAAAUCCCAUUUUUCCUCUACCUUUAAAACAAGAAGGCAAGAAAUUUCAUCAAGUUCUAAGAUGGACAUUACACCAAAACCAAUUUCCAAGAGGGUGGGAGCUUCAUCAAUGUCAUCUUCCAAGAAGGAGGAACCUCUAUCCAAAUCAAUCUUUCAAAAGGCAAAAGUUCAUCCAAUAUCAACUUCUUAUUUGGCCAAAACUCCACCGAAAUCAACUAUCAAGAAGAUGGGCAAAAUAGCUUCACCUUUGUUGCCUUCUUCCUCGUCCAAAUCUUCGCGCAGAAGAGUUGUUGGUACUAAUAUGCACAAGAGCCUGAAAACCGCGUCUCGUGUUAAGAAUCAACCAAAGCCUAGAAAAGUUGAACUUGAGGAACACUGCAUUGAGGCUGAGGCUGAGGAAAAGACUUUGUAUGUCAUCGAGAUAGAAAACAAAGACGAUACUUUUCAAUCCGAUCAAAAUGCAAACCAGGAUAUUGAACUUUUCCGGUCUCAAUCAUUUUCAACAUCCAAGUUUUCAUCACAAGAAGAUCAAGAGGAAUUUGAAUAUGCGGCAAGUGAAUUCAAUGAGGAUUCUUGUUUCGCAAACAACGGAAAAGUAAAUGAGGAAAAUUUGGAGACAUUGGAUUUUAAAGUUGAGGAGAACGAGAAACCGCAAAAGGAUGAGAUUGUGAUUUUGGUUGAAACUCAAAUUGAGGAAAGUGGUACAAAGAAGCUUAAGUUCAAAAGAGGUAAAGUGUUGAGGGAAAACAAUGCGGAUUCUGAUGAUGAAGGGGAAGAUGUGACCGGCCAUGAAAAAGUUGUUUUGAGACAUCAAGAUAUGAAGGGGAAGAAAGAUGAACAAGAGUUGUUGAAUAAUGUGAUUGAGGAAACAGCAAGUAAACUGGUUGAAAUUCAGAGGAGUAAGGUGAAAGCUUUGGUUGGCGCAUUUGAGACUUUAAUCUCUCUCAAUGAGAAAAAGCCUUUGAGCAAUAAACAUUAG